AUAAUCCACCAUUGCUUUGAAAUCACGAUUGUUACUAAUGUUCGUGCCGUGAGCUCUUCUUCUUCACCGUUCUCAACAGUUUGUCUCCUUUUACAUUACACCAAGUAGAACGGUGAUGUGAAUGAAGAUAUAAACCAGUUCGCAUCACCUCCUCCAUCAUCGUCGUUUGGACGAUAUUUAGCAGUAGCAGCAGCAGCAUCAACAUCAGAGCAGCCAUCUAUUACACUCAAGACAUAUUCUACAAAGACUCUCUCCCACUGCCCCUCCACCAUCACAAUGGCCAUCACCACCUCUGCAGAAGACCGCGUCCCCCGCGGCGACGUCGUCGCCCCCUUAAACUUCUACGCUCCCCCCUCGGACGGCUCGACACCCCUCCAGAACAUCGACCCUCCCCCCGGCGUUCCCGAGCGCAACUUCUCUUACGAAACCCUCCCCAUCACCAUCCACGACAUCCGCACCAGCUCCGACCGUGAUCCCUCCUCCUUCACGCUCGACAACGACGCCUUCCAAAUCCUCCAAGGCCUGCCCCCCUCCGCCGAAGAAGACCCUGCAAAGAAUGGCGGCUCCAACUUCACCUCCGACGCCUCCAUCUCCCAACUCUACUACCCCGAAGUCACCUCCCUCUUACUCCAAAACAUCCCCGGGUCCAACAAAGUAAUCAUCUUCGACCACACCAUCCGCCGCACCACCCCCUCUGCGCCCCGCGGUCCCGUGCAGCGCGUGCACAUCGACCAAACCGCCUUCUCCGCCGCGCAGCGCGUGCGCCGGCACGCUUCCUCCCCCGAAGAGGCCGAGCGGCUGCUGCAAGGCAGGUACCGCAUCGUCAACGUGUGGCGGCCCCUCAACAAGGGACCGGUGGAAAGUUUCCCGCUGGCGUUUGCCAGUUCGCAGACGGUAAACGACAAAGAUAUCGUCCCUGUUGAACACAGGUAUAAUAAUGGGUAUACGGGCCAGACGGCGGGGGUGAAGCAUGAUGAAGGGCAGAAGUGGUACUUUUUGAGCGGGAUGACGGGGGACGAGAGGAUUUUGCUGGAGUGCUUUGAUAGUUGGGCGGGUAAGGAGGAGGAAGGGAAGAAGGUGAAGGGGGGACGGGUGCCGCAUACGGCUUUUGAGGAUCCGAGACAGAGGGCGGAUGCGGAGGGACGGGAGAGUAUUGAGGUGAGGGCGCUGGUUUUUGGACCUUGAGUUGGGGAGUGUUGCUUUGGGGGUGGUGAUUGAGGCAUGGUUGGAGGAUUCUGGGUGAAUCGGUCAUGUUUUGAUAGGGUUAAGGGAUGGGUUUGAGGUAUCGUAUGCAGAUAGAUGUUCGAACCAAUGUGUUCGGGACACUGGAAUUUAUCUUUGCUCUUCUGUUAAGCUAGUAACUUUUAGCGAUAUCUAAACAAAAUGACUAUCAGUCUUUCUCUUGUGAUGAGCUGAUGAAACUCAUCCUGCCAGUCGUUAUGUGGUUGCCGAAUCCGAUAUGGAUGCCUUGGAGGAAGAUAUGCAUAAAGCAAAGCGAAGCCUAGCUGGCUCCCAAAACACCAAGGCUAUGUCAAACAACAUGCGGUAGAACCACGAGAU